AGUACAAUUUGUUUAAAUAUGCAUUUUUUAAAAACUAGUGGGCUGUAUUCAACCACGAAACGGUGAUUAUUAAUUUUUGAAAAAACACGAUAUCGCAAGGGAGCGAUAAUUGAACCAUGAUGUUGCGAGGGAUGACUACUUUUAAAAAUGUUUUAGUGCUGUGGUUGUAACUUAACUUUACAGUGCACUAAAUGAUACAAAGAGUUCUAAUAUCCAUCCAUCCAUUUUCUAUGCCGCCUAUCCUAAUUAGGGUAGUGGGGGUAUGCUGGCUGACUUCGGGGUACACCCUGGACUGGUCGCCAGCCGAUCGCAGGGCACAUAUAAACACUAUUCACACCUAUGGACAAUUUAGAGUAACCUGACAUGCAUGUUUUUGGAGGAAACCGGAGAGAAUAUGCAAACUCCACACAGAAAUCCCCAAGCGGAGAUUCAAACCCAGGUCUUCCCGCUCUCCUGACUGUGUGGCCAACAUGCUACCCACUCGGCCACCGUGCGGCGAGUUCUGAUACAUGUAUUCUAUUAAUAAUACAAUAUUUAAUAUUUUCUUCAUUUGCAAGUAGCCAAGCAAGGUAACCAAAAUAUUAAACAUCUGUUACCUUUGUAUAUGCAUGAUUGUGUUGCAAAAUUGGAUCCUCCGGCUCAGUGCAGGUGUGAUUUUUGUUGGGUCUACCACUUGACUUUUUUGUUCAAUAAUGCUCAGGAUCUUUCAAAAAAAUGUAGAACGACUGAUUUAAAGAAAUUUUGUAAUUUUUUCACCUCAUUUUUCAAUAGAAUCUUUCCCAGUUCCAGGUUUUCUACCAAAAUGUGUUUAAGUGUUCUGUCAUUAAAUUGUUCAGGUGUUGCCCAUGCUCUGCACCUGCGCACCAACCUGGGCUCACCGAAUGAGAGUCCAGUGCUAGGUAUCGAGCUAAAAGCCAGAGCUGUCAGCUCGAUGUCCAGCCUGACUCGUAAGGUGUCACCGUGACGCACGUGCCUUCGCACAGCUGGCAUUGAUUACACAGGUAUACCUAAUGAAGUGCCCACAAAGUAUAUAUUGACACUCCUCUUGCUGUGUUUAAAACUAUAUUUUAUGUUUGUGAAGUGUUUAUUUGUAAAUACACCUCUUGCAUUGUAUUGUGUACCUAAUGAAGUGGCCAAUGGCAGUAAUUUGCCACUUGCAAAUUUUAAACGGUCUUCUAUAUGUAGCAAGAAUUUGAUUAACAUUCAUUUUAAAGACACACUUUUGGAUGUUGAAGUCCAUUCUUUUUUUAUUAUUCAUGUGAAGACCAUAGAAAACAGGGAGAGUACACACUGCACCAAUACUGACAGCAGUGACGUAAAGGUGAAACCAUUCGUGGAGUGUAACAGCACGGAUUGUCUAACAUUUGUGCCAUCAAUUAUUCAUGCUAGACAACACGUAUGAGGUUUGAUGGUGAUGCCACUACAAUCAAAGACUUUCAGAUGAAUAAAAUAGUAGUAUAAUAUGCAUAGUCACAUGGUGCACAACCACUUUAUGCAUAAAGACAUAAUAAAGCUGGUGAUAAACCAAAAACUUUUUAGUCCUGAACAAAUCCUGUCUCCAUCUUUGGAUACAUGUGACACUUACAGGAGUGCAGCAUCAUUUAUUCGGUACAGACUCAGAACCUUUGCACACUUGGCAAGUAUAAUCCUCAAUAUUUUUUAACAUUGCAGCAGGAUAUAGGUGUACAGUAGAUCCCUGCUAUUGCGGGGGUUCCAAGACCACGUGUGAGACGCCCAUAAGUGUAUUUUUUGACAGCGUUGACGUUCAACAUUUGAAAUAAAUGACUUGUUUUUGGAGAAAAAGAAAUUUCAACUUGGGAUGCGCCGCUUGAUCAGCCACAAAUUUGUAUAGUAGUAGUAGUAGUAGUAGUAAAUAGUUGACAGCUCGACACUCCUGCAACCUGGACCCUCAAUUUAUUCUCUUAAGUUAAAGAUUUCUAUUUAAUAAAGAAUUUUUUUUGUAUUUUAUUCUGUUAAUUUUGUUAUCUUGAGCUAAAAAUAUAAAUUGAACAAUUUAUUUCCCAAGUAUUAGUAUUACUCCAAAACAUGCAUCAAAUUAAAUUCAGGCUUGUGUCAACUGGUACAAAAGUGUUUCAUAAAAAUAAAAGCAAAAAAAGCAUCCGCUCAAGAAUGACCUAUUUGCCCGGGAGCCUUGAAUUGUUUAAUGGCGGCCCUGGCCAUGCAUUGACAUGCAUUCAUCAUAAAUAGAAAAAGCUACAGUUAAUCCGUGUGAUCGGCCAAUCUCACACAUGGAUGAUCAGAUCAGCAGCAUAAAACCCUGAUCGGAGCAUCCCUAAUUCUAACUAAUUUCUUGACCAACAACCCGCAAAUUAGCAGGAAUCCACUGUACUUGUUUCGAGUUGUUAGCAGCCUACCAUCAUUGGACAAUGGAAGUAACUGAUAUCACGUAGUACAAUGAAACACUGGACUGCUGAAAUUCUGUUUUGACUACCAGCUGUGUUGUUUCAUACAACUACAAUUGAACAUUGCUAACACUUUAGAAUGAAACCAUUAAAAAAAAAAAAAAAAACAGAAAAACUUUAACUCCGGUGAGCUUGCGUGUGUGGACAAAACCAACCUGUGAAAUCUGAGCAAGACUAUGCAUAAACUGUCAAGUAAAAAAAAACAAAAAACAAGGGACCCUGAACUUUGAGGAGCUACAACCGGUGCAUCUUAUGUGUGCUCUUUUACAUACUUAUACAGUAUACUAUAAAUAUGACACAUACAAAGGUUAUCUAAAGCAUAACAAUAAAAACCCUGUUAAAGCCAACACAGCAAAAACACCACACACUGAACAUUUUUCCUAGUUUACCUUUUUUCCGCCACACCGAUUUAAACAAGCAGCACGAGUAUACACCUUUUUAAAUAAGACCCCAUGUCCAGUAUAGCAUUUACAUCAAUACAUAUAGGAUAUUCCAUAAAUAAUCCUUGUUACAUGUUGCACAUAAUUGUCACGCCUACAAGAACAUUAUAGGUACUGUAUGUCUAUUUGAGCAUAUUAUAGCAUGUUUCCAUCUCAAUUUUCCUUUUUCUUCUCAAUGUAGAACAUUGCUGACUGGUUUGAAACAAGGCAGCGUCUCAGUAUCGUUGACUUCAAGAAAAUUGACUUCUUAAUGUCCCUAGAGCCUGUUUAUGAGCACCAAACAUGAGAAAAAUCUAUCAGAAGAGGAGCUUAAAUGGUCGCUUUUGAAUUUGCGGGUUUUCAUGACGUGUAGGAAGAACCCCCUUCCUCAUGGACAUGACACCUUUCUAGCUCUGUAUGCGCUCACAAUUUCAGGGGGACAGCAUUGUAAUUGGGGAAAAAAAAAAAUGCUUGCUACACAUCUUAAUAAAGUCUGGAGCUCUGUCAGCGAUCUGAGUCAGCUGCAGACGUGGGAGCUCUUAAGUUUUAUCAUUUUGUUUUUGUUCAGCAAAUAGGCAAACCUAGCACGAAGUUGCUGUUAAAAUGUGUAAUGUUAGCGCUGUAGCUAUGCUAGCGUUGCUAACGUUUGUGUCCUCCUGUCCCACCUAUGUUGUUGUAUGUGAUAUGUGGCAUCUAUCACAUAGGACAAGUGCAGAAUGGCCACACAUGUCUGAACAGUGUUUUUUACACUUGCCCGCCACAAACAAAUUUGGCGCGGCCAGUGUGCCCUCGCACAACACACAACAUGCGAGGACGAAGCAGGAGGGAUCGGUGUUAAAAUUAGCGACUAACAAUAUUUGCUAGUACACCAAGUCCCCUACUAACGAACAUCCGACGUGCGAACUUUCGGAUACAAACAAAGCCGACUAGUCUAUAUUUUCAUGUGUUUUGCCUUAUAAAGUCCAUACUUAUACUGCUACAUGCUUGACCAGCAGAGGGCACUGUGACACUGCUAAUGGGACCAACAGCUGUAGAACAAGAGGAGGAGGAGGGGAGAGAGAAAGCUACAUUGUUAGUUGUAUAAUACAGCCCGGACAGAGCGUGUGAUUAAACUUUAUGAAGAGUUAACAGGCCUUCUUAAUUCUACACCACCCACACAACACUACCUUUUUUAGAAGAGUCUAACGAUGACGACGAUUUGUCCUUUUUUUCCAAUAACUCCAACUCCACCACAACGACGUAUGCUCGACCACUCCUCUUCAAAGGUAAAUAACAUUUAUCAUUACAUAUUAUAUCAUUUUUAUCGUUUUUUUUCAUUAAUUAUCCUUGUUUAAUAUUACUACUGCAUCCAAACUCAUAUUUACAUACAUACACAUAUACUGUAUAUGUAUACACGUACAUGUAGUACCUAUAUCAUUGGUAAUAUUACUUUUUCCCCUACUUAAGAACAAUUCGACAUAAGAACGGUCGUCUGGAACCAACUGUGUUCGUUUGUAGGGGACUUAGUGUAAUCAGACCCCUUAAUAACACAUUAUCAGUGCUGUUGUGGGCCCCUCCCUCAUCUGAAAGCACUGACAGGCUGCUCCGUCUUUGUGGAAAAAAAAAAAAAAAAAAAAAGUGUGUCAUGGCCAUUUGCAAAUUCAACAAAUAUGUCAUCACCCACAACCAAAAACAGCCCUGUGGGAAACACCACUGAGACUUAUUUAACAUGGUUGAAAAAUAGUACAUGGGACCUUUUGAGUUGCUACGUUCACAUGAUGUCUAUGUAAAAACACGCUGCUGAAUGACAAGCGUUAAAUAAGCUAUAAGUUAAACUCGUAUUUAUGUUGUGUCGUAAUCUGUCAAAUGUUUUAACAAUUUGUUGGUAGCAUUUCAACCAAGUUGUUAAACCGCAUGCAAUCAUUAUGUGCAAUAAAAAGGUGUAAGUCCACUUAAAGGAAAGUUAAAAAGGAAAAAGGUGCACCAGUUGAACAGGGAGAAUAGGAUUGAGCGAUACGAAUAAAAGUCAAUCAUGGUUCCAGUGUACCAUCAAUCAAUGUAUGACGUUACAUUCAAGUAAAAUCAGUUCAAUGCUUGUUAAACGGACACAUCAGUAACAUUAGGAACAUCCAGACUACUCUUCAAUGUGCUUGAGCAACUCCAAAAUACACUGCAGAAGACCAAAUAAAAGCAUAAAUAAAUCACCAUACUUGUGCACAUGUGCUGGUCUUACAGGCCCUUGUUGAAGUAGACUAUGCUGGUGCCCGGGUUGCUUUGUCGUAUCCUCUCCUGAAGCUCCGCCUCCAGGCCGCUGACACUCAUAGAGCUGCAAAUAUAUGACAGGAUGCAAUUCAAUUCCAAAAAGGAUGUGCGACCAAAAAAAAAGCCACAGAGAACAUGGUGUAGUAGUAGCAGCUGUUACCUUUUCUGUGGGAACAGGGCGCAGCACAAAGGGGUGGCGAACACCAGGCUUUCAAAGGGAAGUAAGGGUUAAUUUUGACAGUUGCAUCUAAAUGCUGGUGCAGUUAGUCAGACGAGUAUGUACUUACCACAAGCCCACAAGCCCCACCUGGACCGGAGCGUUUAGAAUUGGGAAGCGCUGCAGGGAGACGACCACAAUGAGACAGGUGGAAUGUGGAGGGACUCCUUUCAGGCCGUCAAUAAAGCACAUACCUUCAUGAAGGCUCGCUUUUCCAAAGCAUUCAUUAUGACGGGGGGGAUAGCUGUCACAAAAACACAAUCACAGUUAACACAUCCAAGACACCGUAUCAAAAAGCCUGCUCACUCAAGAGAGGGGUUACCAGAUACCCUGUAAUGGUGGCCUCCGCUCUAAUAGAUGCCACGCCAGGUAAUCCCCAGGUGCAUCAUCCACAUAAAGCACCUCAAAUAAAUGCCUCCUCUUUUCCCUCUCAGUAGCUAUAAUUACCUUUUACAAUACAAUAGCUCACAUUUCAGAAACCAUUUUUAUGAGUGUAUCCUCUCAAGGGACAAUACUGUGGAACUGAAACUUGGAUAUACUUGAAAGUAGUCAGUGUAGAGCUUGUGUAGCUGCAUAGCUUUAGUAUCCACUAGAAAUGACUCAACACAGUCCCUAUCGUCUAAAUAGCUGGCACCUGGCGUGGUGGUAGCGUCAUGAUCUGGGGCUGCAUGGCUGCACUGGGGCGCUAUGGUUAAUAAAGUAUUGUUUACAUAUAUCCAAUAUCAGAAAAAAAUCGGUACUGUUAGUGCUGAAGCGAUGACCGAACCGGUACUUAAAAAAAAAAAAAAAAAGUCCAGAAACAAUGCCCUUUUAUGUUUACAAAAUUCUGUGACAUGCAAAUUGAACAGUGUAUAUUAGCCUCCUUACCCAUGGCCGGCACUGCCAUGCCGAUCCUGGACACCACCACCUGCAUGAUGGCCUGCUGGGCCGCACUGACACUCUCUCCUAACCGGUUUCCAUUCUCGUCUGUCACGGGAAUGCCGUACUUCAACUCCCUGAGGGUGAGGAAAGAUAACAUAGGAGUAAUGUACACUAGAGUGCGCCUGGGUGUAGCUGGAAGAACGUGAAAGCGAAGGAGCUCUCACCUCUGUCUCAUGAAUGGAAUGUUGAUGCAGUUUGCGGCGGCCACAGCAGCGAAGGGCACAAAGCGGCUGACGAUUGGAGGGAGACGCUGAGAAGGCGGAGCAUGAGAACACUUGGCACAACCAGCAUAAAGUUUCCGAUGAGGGAGUUUAUUUUUGAUGGUAUAUUACCGUGGCCAGAGACUUGAGUCCCAGGGCUGUGACCACAGCGCCGGUAGUAGCACUCACGUAGGCUGCACCAAGCUGACUGGAAGCACACACAUCACACACAUACACAGCAGCCACUGAUAAAUAAUAUCAGGAAGGCCACAGAACAUGAACAUAGCCAGUGCUGCCAGAUAAUUAAUUUCACCGUCUUUACAAUAAAAAAUUACAAAAAUGUCAUACUAAAAAAAUCAUUUCAGCCCCUCCGCACAUGGCUAUUAGCAAACGCAAACAGGACACAUCUUGCACUUCGCCUGAUGCUGUGCACUGUCUCACGUACCUUUUUACAGCAAGGUGGGGGUGCUGUUAUGCCAGUGCCAGCUUUAAAAAAAAAAAAAAAAAACUGCACUUGGAAUUUUAUCAUCCACAAACCUUAUGUGAGACAAACACACAUCUUUCUCUUUUCUGUGCGUUCAAAAGAUAUAAAAACAGCUAAAGAGGCAGGUAAUUAAUGCAUGUAAUGGGACACACCUAUUCUGCCGAGAAAGUCCGCUAUUAAAGGUUUUAUGGUUUUAUAUCCAUGCUGUGAGCAUGUAGGAACAGGCACAUUCAUGAUAACAUGUAAUACUAAUAUAUGUAUUUUGCCGUAUUUUGGUAAUUUUUUUAAUUACCAGAACUUCCUUCCUGGGCGCAUUGAUUUCACAUAGCAACAUAGAAAGGAACGCUACACCUAGCGUUAACCCGCUGACACGCUGUGAGUGAGUGUGUGGUGAAGCUAGUAGCUAGCCGGUGUGGUGUGGUGAGGUGUCACUAUGCCAGUAAAGUAGUUAUUGUGCAUAACAAUGUUAAAAACAAUAACAGUGUCGCUAUAGCUUGGUUAAUAUGCAGGUCACAGCAGGCAGAAUAGGUGCGUUCCAUUACAUGUAUUCUUAGCUGCCUCUUUUUAUCCGUCUCACAUAAAAAUUGGGGAUGAUGGGCAAAAUUCCCCCCCCAAAAAGUGCAGUUUUCCUUUAAAAAGGUAAAACUGCAUGAUAAUCUAUACUAGUAGUAUAAGCUAUAUAGCAGAUGGUCCACAGCGCAUCAAAUUGGGUAUGUAUGAUAAUGUUCCUCAAAAUACUUUCAUUUUAAGCUUCUGGUAAUUUGUCAUUUGUCCAAAACGUCCUGUUUUGAUUAUUAAGACAGCAAACUCAAUUGCUUCAAGACAUGACACCAUUCCAAGCAAUUCAAUAUACACAAUCCUAAACUAGACAAAUGAUUUAUCAUGCUCGUCAGCAGCUGACAGAACUGAAUGGACGUGCGGGCGUGGCUCUAAAUGUGCAGGGAAGAGAACUUAAGAGGGAAAGUGAGAGGUCCUCCCUACUUGACGGUGAUGGGCGCAUCUCCGCUGCGGUUUGUGUAGUUGACCACAGCGUUGAAGGACUGGUUAACCCACUGCCAGAACACCACAGCCGGAGUCGUCCUGCAAACAUGCGACACAUCCUGUUAUAUUGACCAGCUAUCAUCUCCAUUAUUACCAUGCGGUCAUAUGCGAGCGUGUUGAUUGGUUGUUUUUUCAAUGCAAUGACACUGUGACGCAGGUUAACAUAAAAUAAGCAGCUCAUACCCAUGAGUCUUAUCGCCUGACACACAAAAGGAGGUCAACAUUCUGCCCAAGUUGAGUGACAUUUUUUGAGUCUAAGAGGAUUUUCACUCUGAAACUGGGAUUAAAAAUCUAUUUCAGUCCCAUGCUGCUCUCAGCCUAUUUAUUUCAGACAGUCAUUCAGCAUACUGAGAGAUCAUAAUUUCCAUUUGUUUUCUGGUCUGUUCAAUAGGUGCUUACAACACGCACACACACACACACACACAAAUGUGGUACCUGUAGAAGGUGAGCAUGCAGCCAGUGAUGGACAUGUUCAUGGGCACCUGAGCAGACAUCCGGCCAAUCACGAACAUCUUCUCCCCGGUGUCGGGGUGGAAGGCGGAGUCGUACACGUACUUGGCCCGCCACAGCUGAUCCUCCGUCAGGCCGGGUGUCACGAUCCCAGCUCUGGAAAGAUCAAAACAGUAAUGAGCUACCAUUUAACUACAGUGCUAUUGUAUUCAUUUCCUCAAACUGUAAUGUAAUAUACUGUAUAAUGUAAACUAUGUAAUGUACGGUAAUAGAUACUAUGCCCCUUACUGGGUGCCUUGUCCACCUCAAUAUUUAAAGCUGUGGUAUUAUAAUAUAUAUUAUUUGUAUUUACCCUCAGAAGUCCAUGACCUUGUAGCUGCAGUCUACGCAGUAAGGGGUAAGCCAACAGUACAAUCAAGUGGCCAACUGACACACAGAUGCACAUUAUGACAUAGGCCUUGGCGAUAAACCGAAAAUUUACUGUUACUGAAAUUUACCACGAUAAUCGACGUCAUUUUGCCCAUGUCGGUAAAUUGGGUGUUUUACUAGAAAAGAAAAGAAAUGUAUUUUUUGUCUGUUUAGACUGUGUGUACUGGCAUGCUAUGUUCAUUCCCCUUUAAGACGAGGUACAGUCACGUGACUCCACCCAUCUAGCCUGAACAAGAAUGGAAACAAACGAUGAGGGAACGGGUGAUGUUUCAAAUGAAGAAGCGGCUGUACGGUGCCAGCAUUUCACUCUCAUAUGCGCCUGGAAAUAGACUGUGCGAGUAGAAAAAAUAGGGAGCAGACGUGCGACUACGUUUUUCAACCCUUUCAUUCGCAUUUUGCUCCUGAAAUAAGUCCAUACAAACUGAAUCUACGUAGUGUAACAUUUUGGCGUCUCCUCCAACUUUUCUUGGUUCACAUCGGCAACUGGCCUUGACAUCUCAGCCGUACAAGCUGCACUCGCUGAUGUAGCUAACUAGCUAUGUUAUCAGUUGGAUACUGGAGCGCUGCUGGAAAGAUGACGUACUAUAGUGCUUUCCCAAUCAUGCGCUAAAAAUACUUCUUUUUUUUGUAUUUGUAUGCAUCGUAACGCUGCUCCGAAUGAUACACAAAUACUUGACUUUAAAUGUAUGGCUUUUCAAAGCCUUUAAAAAACAUGUACUGUACAUCAUGGCCAAUUAUGCAAAAUUGACAAUUCACAACAAGAUAAUAAAAACAUUAUAAAAGCGUCUCUAUGGGAAACCUUGAUUAGUUUGCUGUUGGUAGCAGUUUUUAAGGAUUCCAUGCUUUAUUUGAGGAAAGUAGAGGAAAGUAAGUUUUACAUUUCUAAUAAAUGCCUGUCACUCUCUGCGGUUGAGUAAAUACAGUAUGCAAAAGUUUGGGCACCCUGACAAUUUCCAUCAUUCAUUCAUUCAUUUAUUUAUAACUCAUUGGGUGUUGAACUCCAAUUUCAUUUUAAUAUAUCAAAUAACUGAUGGACAGAGUAAUAUUUCAGAGGAAAUCAGAAAAAAAAUUAGGCAGGUGCAAAAAUGUGGCCACCCCAGCAGAAAAAUUCAUAUUUAGUGGUACCUCCUUUUGCAAAAAUAACAGCUUCUAGAAGCUUCCGCCUAGAAGUGGUCUGUGGGUUGUCUUUGACUCUUCUCACCAUUCUUUGCCUCUCUGAUAUUUUUCCUGGCCUACCACUUCUGGCUUUAACAACAACUGUGUUGUAAGUUUCUCACAGUGGAAAGUGAUAGCUGAAAUCUCAGAUAGCUUUUUGUGGCCUUCCCGUAAACCAUGAUGCUGAACUAUCUUCAUUUUUGGGUCAUUGGACAGCUGUUUUGAGGACCGCACGUUGCCCAUCUUCACAGCAGAUUCAAAGAGAAAAACUUGCAACAAAUCAACAAAAUGACAGGGGUGCCCAAAAUUCUGCACCUGUCCAAUUUUGUUUUGAUGCAUAUUUCAAUAAUCCAAUUCAAUAAUCCAAUAAAUCUAAUUUCACUGCUGAAAAAUUACUGUCCAUCAGUUGUGAUAUAUCAAAAUGUAAUAGUAGCUCCAAAAACCCAAUGUUUUAUGAAUGAAAAUUGUCAGGUGUGCCCAAACUUUUGAAAAUGACAGUAAAUAAUCAUCCCACUGUCUAUGAAAGUGGAUGACAUAUAGGGGGAAAUGCUGAUAACAUACAGAACGAGAAUGGCACUCAGUUGAGCGCAGAGCCUCCACCGUGGCCCAGAAAAUGCGAAACAAGUCCACCUGACUCGUAAGUAAGGGUGUCGAAAGAUCUUGCGAGAGUAAAACGUGACAAGAUUUCUCAAUUCAGAAAUCAAUUCAGCUGUCUCGUGUGCACUAGGCCUGGGAUGAUAAUAAAUGAAUUCAUUAAUCACAUAAUAAAUGAAAAUUAACUUGAUUAUGCCGGCCUCAACAUAUUGCCAUGUUGAUGUGUGUCUUGCCUCCAAACAGGCAGGAAGAGGCUGCUUAUGCUCAUUAGGGUCGCGAGUAUGCUGGAGCUGGAACCAGCUGACUUUGGGCGGGAGGCGGGUACACCCUGGACUGGUCGCCAGUCACACUCACAUUCAUACCUAUGGACAAUUUAGAGUUGCCAAUUAACCUAACAUGCAUGUUUUUGGGAUGUGGGAGGAAACCAAAGUACCCAGACGGGGAGAACAUGCACACUCCACACAGAGAUGCACAACGGACUGUGUAGCCAACAUGCUAACCACUCGGCCACCGUGUGGCACUAAACUGUAUUUUGCCAUAGAUAUUUUUAUAUUUUUUCCAUGUCCAUCCAUCCAUCCAUACAUUUUCUAUGCCGCUUAUCCUCACUAGGGUCGCGGGGGUAUGCUGGAGCCUAUCCCAGCUGACUUUGGGCAAGAGGGCACACCCUGGACUGGUUGCUAGCCAAUCGCAGGGCACAUAUUUUUCAUUGUACUGCUCUUAAAAGUAAUGUUAAAAUCUCGCCUUGUUCUCGUAGACCUAAUCUCGUGUGUCAUCUCGUGAACUGAGUAUCUUGUGACACCCCUACUAGUUACUAUUCCACUCCAGUCCUGUAGCGGGCUGUCAUGUACAUUCAAAAGUGAGCACUAACUACUAAGUAAACGCAACAAUUUUAAACCACACCGCCAUCUGGUGCAUUUAAUGGGUUACUGCCCCACUCUGCACCAAUGCAAGUGGUCAUGGAAACAGUGGCUGUCAUGGAAACCAGUCCUGAACGUGCUAGAAAACGAGUUGCCUAACAAUCUAUUUCACUCUGCACACGAGUUGAUGCUUGUACUACCUAUAGUUCUCCACGAUCACUCGGGCCUCCUCCAGAGUCUUAGAGGACAGGAGGACGUUCCUUGGGUCCGUGACCAUGAAGAAGUGCUUGGCUCGGCCCAUAAACGUUCCCUGGUCCCAUCGUGGCUCUUUGAUAUUAAUGUUGAGGGCCAGCUCUCCAGACAUCUUGACUUCCUUGGCACAAACACACACUUUUAUAUUUACAAAUACUUCUGCCAAGUUCUGACAGAAAUGUGGUUACAUCUAUAUCUGCAUGCAUUAAAAUCAACAGCCAUGUUAGUGUGGAACAUGAUAGUUUGGAAUCAGUUACAGAAAGACAUACUUAGUCUGAUAAAUAAUUCAUUGGCAGUGAAAUUGAGCAAUAUAUGUACAAAGGCAACAUUCUUCAUACAGCACUUGGAGUGCAUCUCAUUUUGCAGGUGUACCGAAUGUUUUGUUUCGUGUCAGCAGGUGACACACAAGAUGAACUUUCCAUCAGCACGCUCUUGCUCACAAUUCUUUUAAAACGCUAAACAAUAAAAUGAGGGAUUAUCAUAGUAAUGCCGUCAGUGGAGCGACAUAUGUUGAAUUUGCGAUUGCAUUUCAAUGGACUGGAAUGGUGGAUUCACGGACACAAACACCUUCCAGCAGUGUUAUUGUUGUUUUAUGUGACUUAUGGUGAACUGCGAACUACUAAGUUUACCACAUUAGCUGGCCAGAGAACUGGCGUGACACGUGACGACAGAUGGGCUCGAGGAAGUCACGAACUGUCCCAUCAAGCUGAGCUAAUGAGCACAUGAGCUAGCGUCUUAAAAAGGCAAGUUACAAUACAACGAUGGUGGCAGUAACCGCACAGAAGACCCGCUGAAUGCAACGCAGUGGUAGUCCAAAAAAUAAACAGCCUCUUUUACAUUUACAACCAUUUCAGCGACCUCACGGUUACCUAGUCAGCCGGACAGUUAGCAAACUAAGCUAGCGUUUCAAGCGGAGUUGACAAGCGAACGUCAAGCGGUGAGAUCACAACGCCGCAUGAUCAUAUAAAUGAAUAAUACAUUUAUAUAAAAACAACAUUGUGCAUUAAAUCAAAACGUACCUGUUCCGCUUCAAUUUGAAGCCGACUGACCUCUCAAUAUCACACCAACCGGCGGGUGGACCUGUGCUGCUUUCAGGUGAACGUUGAAUUAUGAGAAACUAGGCUUUCACUGCAAAAUUUCGGCUGUAGAUUGAUACAAAGUUACUCUCAACCUCCGUGGAACAAACAAUGGAGGAGACCCAUAGAAUCCUGAUGAAAAAUACCAUUGGCAAUGCGGAGGCAACACCGCUACUGGCCAUCAGAUGGCGCUCUUUGCUGCAUCACUUGCAUGAUGCAACCCACAGGGCCCAAUUUGAAGGGAUGCCGUUAUAUAAUGUUGCUAUAGUACAGUCAGUGAAUCCCAUUAACUUAAUUCUUAUUUCCUAAAUCAUAACAGAUCAGGCGCUAAUAAUGGCACAGGUGUGGGGGCUUAUGUAAAAGGCUUACCCCUCUUAUGACACCUGGAGAACAUAUGAGGUGGUGCUAAUACUCUUCCAACACACAGCACAGACAUGGCAGAUAUGGCAUUGCAUUGCACUUUAAACUUCACUAGUGCUCUAUAUUAUGAUCAUGGUCAUGGCAGCAUUAAAAAGAUGCCACGUAGAAGUCAACGGGACACAGGAUCUUCCCAGGAUUGCUCAUCACAUCAGACACCCUUUUUAAUUAAACAUGGCCUGAGGGGAAGCACCAUGCUUUGCUGAUUGCUCUGCACACUACAAGUUGACGCAGAAGCGGAGCAGCGCCCACACUAAACUACCUCAAAAUCCCAACGCAUGGAAAGAAGGUGUUCGCCUGUGGAUUCUGGAUUACGUUUUUGUAAGAUUCCCAUCCUGCAUCUGCCUUCACCGCCCCUGCCCCAAAUCUCCAAAACCUUUCUGGAUGACUAAGAGAAGGCUUGUCCCACACAUACCAUGGCUGACUCCUCUCGACCCCAAGCGGGCUGGAGGGAGAUGACAAACGGAGGCGGGCACCCCCACCAUGUCAACAGUGGAGGGCAGGCCGGGGGGUCCCACAGCAGCGCACGCUAUAUGUUGAAAAGACAGCAACGACACAGACGCAGGUCAUCCUCACCCAUGGGCAGGGUCAUUCUUAUCAAUGCACCUGUUGAUGGUGGAGAUGACAGUGAAGACAUCCACACAGUGACAGUAGACAAGACUCUGGAUGGGCGUCUGGGUUUCAGCGUCCGAGGAGGUUCUGAACACGGACUGGGCGUCUUUGUCAGCAAGGUGGAGGACGACAGCUCUGCAGCACAGGCCGGACUCACCGUGGGAGACAAGCUGGUGGAGGUGAACGGCGUCAGCCUGGAGAGCAUCACCAUGAGCAGCGCCGUCAAGGUCCUGACGGGCAACAACAGGCUGAGGAUGGUGGUGAGGCGCGUGGGCAAGAUCCCAGGAAUCCGCUUCUCCAAGGAGAAGACCACAUGGGUGGAUCUGAUCCACAGAAGAAUGGUGGUGGAGGAAGGGGGGCGCACGCCGUCAGAGGCCAGUUCGGACAGCGCCCUCCGCAGGAUCGUGCAUCUUUUCACUACAUCAGACGACUACUGCCUGGGCUUCAACAUCCGAGGAGGGCGAGAGUUCGGACUGGGCAUUUAUGUCUCAAAGUUGGACCCAGGUGGGCUGGCUGAGCAGCACGGCAUCAAGAUGGGGGAUCAGAUCCUCGCCGCCAACGGAGUUAGCUUUGAUGACAUCACACACAGCAACGCUGUGGAGGUCCUGAAGAGCCACACUCAUGUCAUGUUAACCAUCAGGGAAGCUGGAAGAUACCCUGCGUAUAAGGAGAUGGUGGCAGAGUACGGCUGGCUCGACAGAUUGGCCAACGGAGCACCAGUGUCUUCCUCCCAAGGCUCUGACUCCCAUUCCUCCACCUCCUCCUUGUCCUCCAGCACCCCCCUCAGCUCCCUCAGUGGUCUAUCGCAGGUCCUCUUCCCGCCUGUCUUUGGUUCCGACAUGGUGGACGUGGCCAUCUCCACGGAGGACCGCUCCAGACGUCCAAGCGCCGUGCAGGGAACCUCAGACACGGCCAUACAGACCGAGACGUCGCCAGACGUCCCUUCGGAAACCAGUCGGAGGGUCGGCGCCACUGUGCUGCUGAAGGACACGGUCGUACACGGGAUGGGCGAGGGGCCGAGGGAGACGGGAGGACGCACGAGGACGCCGUCUUCCGGGGACCGAGAGGGGGUGAAACACGACGGUGCUAAGACCAAGGUCCUGAUGGCCCUGAGUAGACCUCGGAAACCCAUCAUGCGAUCCCAAAGUCACAUGACUGUGUCAGGUCAGCCCCAAACACUGAGGACCGGCAGAGGAAGAAGAAGAGACUGCAAAAGGAGAAAAGCAGCCCAGAAGAAAAAUCCAACCUCCGGCGCUCCAAAACGUUUGUUAGUCUGUUUUUUAGGAAAGAUGGCAAAGAGAAGAGCAGAUCCAAAGGUGAGGCCACGUCUCCCCUGCCUGGACCGCGGAAGGAAAGCUAAAUGUUGUUCGUACGUUCCACCGUCCAAAGGACAAAGACAGCGGCCGUCACCCCCGUCAGACGCCCUGCAUUACGUGGAGGACAUGUCCAAGAAGCUGCUCAGCCAGGACGAGGUGGCUGCCGUCAUGAGACAUUGUCAACGCUAUUUGUCUGAGAAGGCGAUGGAGGAUUUAGUGCGGCCCCUUCUGGCCAUCUUGGACCGGCCCGAGAAGUUGCUGCUUCUCCGAGAAAUAAGGAUGCUGAUUCCUCCCAGUGACUUGGGUGCUUUUGACAGCAUGGUCUUGCCUUUUGAACUGGAGGCCUACAAAGCUCUCAAGAGUCCGUGUGUGCGUUCUCCAGCUCUCCGCUCCCCUCGCAGUGGGACCCCUCGACGCCACCUCGUCACCCCCGUCCCAGACUACAGGGGGGGAUUCCUCCUCCAGCCCGUCCUGACCCAGGACCAUCCCUUGGUGGAGGACAUGGAGGGCCUGAGUCUGUCGGGACGAGGUCACAUGACCCCAUCUCGGUUCUUCACCCCCCUGCUGGACGUACCCGUGGACACUUUCUCCUCGUCCCGUUCCCGCUCUCUUAGCCCCUCGCCCAUCCUCAGCUCCCGCCCCGCAGAAUCCCUGCACAGCACCCAGCGGGGGGGCCACCAGAACGGGGUCGGGGGAGGAGGCGGAGCCCCCGAGCGAGGGAGGUCACCUGUGAGGAGGAGCAGCGGGAGGGGGGAGGUGCGUCCAGACAACUGGAGGAAACAGGAAGCCUGCACUGAAGUCAGCGUACGUGUCCCCUCACCGCGGCCAACCAGGACACCCCUGAAGGAUGUCUUUGGCGGCCCCCCCGCAGUCACAGCCAACGGACUCUCACAAAGCGGAAAUAGGAGGGCCACUCAGGAGUACGACGUCUCCACGCUGACCAUCCCCAAAGCCAAACAGUCGCUAGGCAUCAGUGUCUCUGGAGGGAUGGAGUCCAGAGUCCAGCCGGCGAUUAAGAUUGAAAAGAUCUUCCCUGGAGGAGCCGCUUCCAUGAACCGUGCCCUGAAGGUCAGCAAACGCUGGAAAACGCUGCAAUUAUUAUUAUUAUUAUUAUUAUUAUUAUUGUUAUUAUUAUUAUUGUUAUUAUUGUUUUAUAUUAUUAUUAUUAUUGUAUUAUUUGGAGGCUGUGUGCUAAAGACGUGCAGGCUGCACAUGGCAUCUGUAAAGCUGACUGUUUAUCAAAAUAUCUAUUUUUUAUUUAAUAUUUUACAUUUGAUUAUAUUCUUUUACAAUAUUUGUUUUAAUUCUAAACAUGGUUUGAUUUAUUUGUAUUGCUUAAUAUGAUUAUAAAAAGCAUUUGUGCUAAUUACAAUAAACGCCAUACCCCUGAUGAUAGGUUUGGUAAGUCAAGUGGGCUUCCCAGCCCGCAUACUGAAGGAACGAGCCGGCGUUCAACGAAAUGUGGUCAAAGUACGCGACGUUUAGUGGAAGCUGCAUCCUGCCCGGUGCUCUCACGCGCGCGCCACCGUAAACGAGCAUAACGACGAUCAGAUUAGUUGUCAUCUGUUUCAUUCAAAUGACUUUUUAAUCCCCUCUUUGCGUAAAUGCACGCAAAUCUUUUCAUGCCGCUGUCACGGGGUACUCUGGGGUAAAAAAACAGAAGAAGAAGAAGAAAUCAAUAGAAAUGCAGGACAGCCAAGAGACUGAUGAGAGGAUGCGGUCUUCAUGUGUUGACUGACGGCGGGAAAGUGGCUGACGAGGAAACGGGAGAUGAUUGGUGGACAGGCAACAAUGCAGUGGUCUCCAGCAGGUGCAUCCUCGCUCGAAGGCGUGUGACAUCACAGGAAGUAAAGUGGCUCCCUGCACAACUUUCCACAGGAAACUCCCUAUAGCUGUGUGUGUGUGUGUGUGUGUGUGUGUGUGUGUGUGUGUGUGUGUGUGCGUGUGUGUGUGUGUGCGUGUGUGUGCGUGCGUGUGCGUGUGUGGUGAUUGCCUUCACUGCUAUUUGACUAUUUUCUGGUAAAAACAAAACUGGACAAAAAUUGAAUUAUAAACUUCGUAAAAAAACUCAAUCAUUUUAAAACCAAAAGGUACAGAAAGAGCUUCUGUAUGUGCAAAACACUGACAAAAAGACAGUUUAUGAACAUAAACACGCAUGACAACAAUAAAAAGGAGAUGAAUAAAAAAGUAUUUGAAAUCAAAUUUAAAAAUGUGAAAAAAAUCAAUGAAGUACAUUUUUAGAAAGACCACAGCUACCGUACAUUUCGGUGUAUAAGCUGCACCCACUAAAUUUAGGGGGGAAACCAGAUUUCAUAAAAUGGCAUAUUGUGGCCGCACGAGUCAGUGAGGACCAGGCAGGUCUUUAUUAGACAGGAGCCAAUCAUGAGCGAUGACUAAACCACAGCGAGCUUGCACUCGUCAUCCCAUUCCCAAAACCAGGUAGCUUAUUUAUGACGACAUACUUAAUGCCAAUUAGCAACAGUUUUUCAUUAAUCUAUCAUAAAAAAUACGUGAUUAGAAAAUGUUAUCUUAAAACAUUCUAUAAUCACAUAUUUUUAUGAAUUUCUAAUUGUAAAUAAUUUCAUAUGACAUAUUUUUUUAUGAUAAGUGUGUAUUGAUACAUUUAAAAUUUUAAAUAAUUUAUAAUGACAUGUUUUAUGAUUAAAAUAUGCCCAAAGUCAGCUGGGAUAGGCUCCAGCAUGCCCCCGCGACCCUAAUGAGGAGAAGCGGCAUAGAAAAUGGAUGGAUGGCUAUUUUAUGAUUAAAUCAUUUUAAUAUUUUUAUGAGAAAAUAUGUAUUUAUCAUAAAACAUGUAACAUGUAACAUGUAACAUAAACAUUUUUUUAUCAUUACAUAUUGUUUAUGAUACAAUCGUGUAUUUCUCAUAAAAAAAUCUCAGUCUAAAAUUAUUUUAAAUGUGAAAUUGUUUUAUAUUCACACAUUUUUAGGAUAAAAUGAUAAAAUAAUUUUAUAUUUACAUAUUCUACAUAAUUAAAGUUUAUACUUAUCAUAAAAAUGUGUAAUUAUGAAAUUAUUUUAAAAUGAAAAUGGAUAAUUUGUAAAUUUAAAUUAAUUAUUCAAUUUAAAUUAAAUUUAUAAUGAAAUAUGCAUUUAUUAUUCAUCAUAUUUUUUACAUUUAAAAUGAUUUUAAUAAAAUGUUUUCAAUUAUCAAUACAAAAUAAAUAUUACAUUAAGAAAUAAUGAAAUAAUACAUAUUAAGAAAUGAAAGCUAUACAGUAAUUAUAUAAUAAAACAUAACAGAUUAAUUCUGAUGGUAGAUUUUGUCCAUUUUUACUUCAUCAACAUAAACUAUAUUCCCGUACAUGUAUUAUUUUUGAAACGAUUGUCAGGAGUGUGCCGUUGGGUGAGAGGUGGGGUCCACCCUGGACUUGGCAGCAGCGCCCAGUGGUGGUAGCGAUGAAGCGUUUCAUCACGAAAGCGUUUACUGAUCGACUGUCGCCGUUGUUUGUGCGU